CCCCCACAUCAGAUAAUUUCUUCGGAUUUCACAUUCUCCAGAGAUGGGAAAUGCCGGAAAUGCAGUGAAGAUUCCUCAUUUUUAUGUCGAAUGUCGCAUUGAAUGAUAGCGCGGACAGUCUUGACGAUCUGAGGAGCGGAAUUCGUCCAAGUGGAAGGACAAAAAGAGGCUCUAGACGAGUGGAUUAAUUUGUAACUAUGGCUGCAAGAUUGGCAACUCAGAGGAAUUUUGUGGCAGUAACAUCGGUUUCUAGUCAGGGAGGCAAUGUGUCUCCUGCAUCUCAAACUGUGACAAUGACAUCUCCCUCCUCCUCAAAUGGUGACAAUGCUAUUGCGGUGACAACGGAGGCCACGAGUCCUGGCACUAAUGGCACAACCAUUCCCAUUGCCCUCCAUCAGGUUCUGCCUCAGAAGAUCAUCUUGCAAACAACCACAACACCUGGCGGCGUGUCGGUCAUUGAUGUCGUUCCGCUGGAGCACUCGGACUCGAGCAAUGAAUCGCCCAUCACUGUGGUCGCUGCUGAUGCUGUUGAGUCCACGAAUGGGACAGCUGUUGUCGCUCCCGGAGCACAGCAAGUGACUGCCCAGGUGGCAGUAGUUCAGACGCACAGUCCCAAUGAUUCUGGCCCUCAUUACAUCACCGUCACGGCUGAAGGCGCAGUGCGUUCUUAUGCUCCGCUCACAACAGUCGUUUCCUCGCAAGAUAAUGUGGCCUCACACGGUGCUUAUCAUGUGCAGUAUGUGGAUUCGGAAUUGUAUACAACGACGGGUCAGGGGCAAACGCAAAUGGCGUAUCCGGUGUACGCUGUCGGUGACUACGGAACGGCAGGACAGCAGUACUACACGACAGCGACGGGAAACUACACGGCAUCUGGAGCGGCGGCUACCAAUCACACUUCUUCUGACUACAUAGUUCCUGUUGAUGAUACCCUCCUGAGUACAACACAAACCAGAGCCUCGCCUCAGACGAUUGCUGCAGAGGUGGCUUAUAUUCAGGGACAAUCGAACUCACAAGCCUCCACUGUCAGUUCUGAAACUGAAAAUACACCUAGCUUAUCGCAUGCCACAAGAGUAUCACCCGCAACGGUGGCGUGGUUGGUGGAGAACUACGAAACGGCAGAGGGUGUGAGUCUACCGCGAUCGACUCUCUACAAUCACUACAUGAGACAUUGCAAUGAAAACAAGCUGGAUGCCGUGAAUGCUGCGAGUUUUGGUAAAUUAAUUAGAUCCGUUUUCACGGGUCUGCGAACACGUCGAUUGGGCACUCGUGGCAAUUCCAAGUAUCACUAUUAUGGCAUUCGCGUGAAACCCGGCUCGACACUCAUGAGUGCUCUGGAUGAGAAGCCGUUCAACAAUAAUUCUAGUCAGACCAAUUCAAUUGGUCAAUCCACGGGGACGCGCAAUGCGAAGAAGUUGGGCGCUAAGCCUGAAACAUACGAGGCAUGUUCGCAAUAUUUGGGUGACGGAAGUGCGGCCAUUCCUGUCUUUCCGGCCAUUGACACGACCUUCAGUUUUCCCGAGGAGGUGACAUAUGAAGAUGUGGACACACUGAGAUCUAUUUAUCGUGAGCAUUGUGAGGCUUUUCUCGAUGCUGUGCUGAAUUUGGAGUUCAGCACAGUUGAGUCGCUAUGGCGAGAGUUUUGGCGUGUGCAGGACAACAAUAAUGGUGAAGAGUGUGAGGAGGAGAAGUACCUCAGCAAAUCCAAAUUGUACAUUCUAUGCCAAUGCGAACCUGUGCAGAUAUUUAUCAAACAGGUGGAUUUUGCAUUCUACCAAAAUAUGGUUGAUGUUCUCAUUCCUGAUGUCUUGCGUCCAAUACCGAGUUCACUCACUCAAGCUAUUCGCAAUUUUGCAAAGAAUCUCGAGAGUUGGCUCUCAUCGGCCAUGAGUGAAUGUCCAGAUUCGAUACUCCAAAUUAAAUUGUCUGCCGUGUCGGCAUUCAGUCAGACACUGAGACGAUACACUUCGCUGAAUCACUUGGCUCAGGCGGCGAGGGCGGUGCUGCAGAAUAGCUCACAAAUUGCACAGAUGCUCAAUGAUCUCAAUCGUGUGGAUUUUCACAAUGUUCAAGAACAAGCUUCGUGGGUGUGUCAAUGCGAUACGGCGACGGUGCAGCGUCUGGAGAAUGACUUCAAAGCUGCUCUGCAGCAGCAAAACACCCUCGAACAGUGGGCAUCGUGGUUGCGUCUUGUGGUGGAUUCUGCCUUGGAGGAGUAUCGAGGGAAGCCAACAUUUGCCAAGGCAGCGAGACAGUUUUUGCUCAAAUGGAGCUUCUACAGCUCAAUGGUGAUACGAGACUUAACACUGCGAUCUGCUGCAAGUUUUGGAAGUUUCCAUCUAAUACGAUUACUCUAUGAUGAAUAUAUGUUCUUCAUUGUUGAGCACAAAGUAGCUCAAGCCACUCAAACUACUCCAAUUGCAGUGAUGAGCGAAGUUGAUCGGCAACCGGAAGAUGUUGUUGGGAUGGUAUUUCCAGCGACGUACGAGUGCAAAGUGGAGCCUGAAGCCAAGAGAAUGCGUAGUUAGUUUCCACCUAAAGCCAGACAAUGACAGAAGAGUGUAAUAAUCCAGAAUUAUUGAUAUGUAUAGUCAGAUAAGAUGAACAUCUUCAGCAAGUGUAGCACCGUAAUCAAACUACUCAAAAUGAUACAAUUGUGCCUGUGUGUAUCAAAAGGAAACAGAUGAUAGAGAGAGAGAGAGAGAGGGAGAGAGAGAGGUAAUACUAUUUAUUUACAAAGAGGAAUGAUAGACACUUUGAUUAGGGUAUUUGAAGAUGGAUUAUACCUUUGGAAUUAUUGCCCCAUUAAUGCAAAAAAAAACUAUUUAAAAGAUGACGAAGAUGAGAAUUCUUUGAGGCCUAAUGAAAGGUUAAUAUUUUGAGAGCCACCAGAAAUCGUGAACCAUCAUAAUUGUUGCAUAUAAGUGAAAAGGAUAUUCCUUUUCUAUUUGUGUACACAUUUUUAAUAAAAAUCAGUUUUGAAUGUUUUUUUCUGAAUAAGGCAAAUGGAACAAUGAACAGAUUACACCCAGAUAUUUUCAGUAAAAUGGAUAAAAACAGGUCUUAAAGGGUGGAAAAAAAAACAAGAAUGCUAUUUGAAGUGGUAUAUUUACUGUCUAUUUUGUGGCCUGAGAAUAACUUAGAAAUAUAUAUAUAUAUAUCAUAUAUAUUAUGUAUUCAACACUACUAAUUAUAGAAAUUAUGUGCAAAUAUUUAAUGAUAGUGAAUGUGAGAAGAAUAGAAAUUCGAAUGGAGUGGAUAAAAAGAUAACUUAUUGAGACAUUUUUAGUCGUAAAUAGUUCUCAUAAUUAUUAGUGGUCUUUGAAGUGAGAGACGUGGAAAUUAAUACCAAAAUUAAUCUCUAUCUAAUCGUAGGUAAUUUAUAAAUACAUAUAGCACAGUAGUGAUGAUUAAGGACGAGAAGAAAACUGUACAUUUAUGCGUUGCUCAACACAUCCAUCCAUUGUAUUGAAGAUUUGCAGAAGAAGGAAAAAGGAGAAAAAUGACAGGUCAUUGAAUCGAAUGAAUAAUAAUUUUACCUAAUGAGACGCUCUUCUACUAUUGGCGUUGAAUUGGUAUAUUUUGUGGAAUUGUAAGGUAUAUUUGCAGAGGAUUUUAACUAUUAGGGUUAGGACAGCAUAUAGGAUUAUUUGAAAGAAAGA